GUGUUUCUCCUGUGUUUGUUGGCCGGGUGUAGCAUCUGCUGGUUCAACACAGUAUGUUUUGUUCUGUGCAAUCAAAACUUCCCGGCAAACCGACCCCUUGCAAUCUCCCUCACAGUAAGCUUCAAUGGCGUAAGUGCAGCCUUGUACACCCUUGCCGCCAAUUCAAUCGACCCCUCCUCUUCUCCACUAUAUCUUCUCUUGAAUGCCCUCCUCCCCCUCCUCACUUCUUUUGUAUCACUAAUCCCAAUCCUCCGCCAGCCUGCUCUAGACCCUCUUCCCCCCCAUGCAGUUCGCCGCGACUCCCUCAUUUUCCUUUUCCUCAACUUCUUAGCCGUCAUCACCGGCAUUUACCUUCUCCUCUUCGGCUCCACCACCUCUGACAAAACCACAGCUCGUCUCCUCUUCACCGGAGCCCUUUGCCUCCUCAUCUUCCCUUUGUUCAUCCCUGGUGUUGUCUAUGCAAAACAUUGGUUUCAUCGUACCGUUCACUCCAGCUUCCGCCUCGAAGAAGCCUCUGGAUUCAUUCUUGUCGAUGCAGAUGAUCUUGAGCUGCAUAAAGAGCUUGUCCUCUCCCGCCAUGGUAGCAGCAUUAUUGGCCCCAUUGGGAAUGGAUCGCUCACCGAUCACCUCUUGAUCAGCGCACCGAAAGCUGCCGCAGAGAUUCAAGGUUGCUGUCAGAGAAUGUUUGUCAAAGAUCAGUUGGCAAUGCUGGGGGAAGAACACCCGGCAGGAUUGCUUGUUCGUAGGUUCGAUUUUUGGCUUUACUAUGUUGCUUAUUUUUGUGGAGGCACAAUUGGGCUUGUGUACAGCAACAAUCUAGGACAGAUUGCGCAGUCACUGGGGCAAAGUUCAAACACUUCCACCCUCCUCACCCUCUACUCGUCAUUCUCCUUCUUUGGCAGGCUGCUUUCUGCAGUACCAGACUACAUUCGUGCGAAGUUUUAUUUUGCAAGGACUGGAUGGCUGGCCAUUGCACUUGUGCCAACCCCAAUUGCUUUCUUCUUGCUAGCUGCAUCAGGCAGUGGGCUAGCACUCCAUGCAGGCACUGCACUAGUUGGGUUGAGCUCUGGCUUCAUAUUUGCUGCUGCUGUCUCAAUCACAUCCGAGCUUUUUGGACCAAACAGUGUGGGUGUCAACCACAACAUUGUCAUCACCAACAUCCCAAUUGGGUCACUCGUGUACGGCUGUCUUGCUGCAGUUGUUUAUGAUGCCAACAUCAACACUGGACUAGGAAACAUGGUGUUGUCGUCUGACUCGUCGGCAGUGUGCAUGGGGAGGAUGUGCUACUUUUUAACGUUUGUUUGGUGGGGAUGCAUAUCACUUGUGGGUCUUGCUUCUAGUGUGCUGUUGUUCUUCAGAACCAGACAUGCUUAUGACCAUUUUGAACAGAACCGUAUAUCAACACAACUUGAUUAAUACUUUUCAUUGAAGAGCUGAGGAGCAGCGAUGAUUAUAGGUAUGAAGAAGUUUAUAAUUAAAUGGAAAAUGAAAGAGGAAAGGGAAGAAAGGAGAAGGAUUUUACAGGCGGUUCAAUCGAUGUUAGAUACUUGCGUCCACCACUAGGGUAGAACCCUAUAUAGGGCUACGUACGUUGUACUCUUAUUGAUUUAUAUAAUCUUGUGCAAUGCUUUAUUUGUAGAGCUUACAAAUGAUUUCUAAUCCUAAUCAAAUUCCUUCAUGUAAAUAAUUCA